AUGUUGGAAUUCUGUGAUGCUGUGAUACACAAGUGCAAGGCACAAAACUUAUUAAUUCCAAUGUUUCAUGCAAUGCUCUCUAAAAACAGUUACAGACUGGCUAUUUUUGCUAAGGAUUGCACAGGACAAUAUAACCCAUCAGAACUUGACCAACCAAAUGCAUGGCUUGACUGUUCUAAAUCAAGGGUGUAUGCUGUUGAUGGAGACAUUAUAAUAGGAGGCAUUCUGCAAAUCUUUCUUCAGGGCAGUUAUGAAUUGGAGCAUUUCCAAAAAGCUCCUUGUCCUGAUAUUUGUAUAGGCCAGAACUCAAUCAGAUGUUAUGCGAGUGCUCUAGUCUUUGAGUUUAUUUGUGAAGAGAUUGAGGGAGGAUUCUGUCCAGAGGAAUUCUGGGAUGACAUUCCAAAUGUAAGCAACAGCAUGGCAGAAAGACAAUCAUUUCAGCAUCUGACCCACCUCCUGGCCUUUAUGUAUGCUAUAGAGGAGAUCAACAACAGCACAGAGCUUUUACCCAACAUCACUCUAGGAUACUGUAUCUAUGAUGCAUGUACCAGUGAAAAAAUUGCAUUAAUGAGCACUUUUAGCUUAUUAUCUGAUGAUGAGAAUCCACUCAACUAUAAUUGUCAACAGAAUCAGAAAUUGGUGGCAUUUGUUGGCCACUUGUUAUCGUCUAUAACUUACACCAUUGCAGAAAUCACUCAGCUGUAUGGAUACCCUCAGAUAAGUUACGGAGCUCUGGAUCCUGUGUUUAAUGAUCGUAUUAAUUUUCCAUCUGUUUAUCGUACAGUUCCCAAUGAGUAUUCCCAGUUUAGAGUUAUCAUCAAAUUACUCAAACACUUUGGCUGGACUUGGGUGGGAAUUAUUGCAUCAGAUGAUAAGAGCAACUACCAAGCCAGUGAGGAGCUGAGAAAGGAAAUGGAGAAAAAUGGAAUCUGUGUGGAUUUUUUAAAAAGCAUAGCAAAUUCACCCCCUUUUUCAGAUGGAAGUGCUGUUGAUGCUAUUAAGGUCAUUAAACAUUCCUCUGUCAGAGUCAUUAUUUUAUACUUUAGAAUAAGCUCUUUGACAAACUUGCUAUCAUACAGGACUUCCGAACUGAUAUCAGAAAGGGUUUUUAUAUGCUCAGUAGCCCUGGAUAUUGUUAUAGAAAAUGACUUCACAGAAUUUUAUUAUUUAAUGAAUGGAUCAUUAUUAAUUGCACUUCCAAGAGGAGACAUUCCUGGACUGAAUGACUUUCUUUCGUACAAACUUUGGACAGAUUUGUCGGAAAAUAUAUUUCUACAAAUGGCCUUCGACUUAAUUGCAGAAUGUUCAGAAGUUGUCCUUGAUGAUGUUAAAAAUGUUACAUGUUUGAAGAAAAACAGAAUAAAAGAAUAUUUAUUGCAAGAAGAGACCAUUACCCACCGUAUUAAACACACAAUAUACAUGGCAGUGUAUGCUCUAGCCCAUGCCUUAGAUAAUAUGCAGUUACCUGGAGAAUUAUGGUCCUCUAAAGAGAUGAGCAAAAUAAGAUUUAAGCUAAACUAUUACCUAAACAACCUUCACCUGAAAACACCAUCCGGAGAGGAAUUGUUCUUCUCCAAGGAAGGAAAUAUUCCUGGAAAGUUUGACAUAUUGAACUGGAUUAUUAAUGAAAAUGGAACAAUUAAUAAGAUCCAUGUUGGAAAAUUCCUACCAAAUAGUGAUCGGCUGAUUAUUAAUGAGACUGCAAUUACCUGGGCCCCUUAUUUUGAAAGGACAUCACAGUGCUCUGAAAUGUGUUCAUCUGGCCAGCGAAAAGCUCAUCAGAAUGGGAGGCCACCGUGCUGCUUCGACUGUGUUUCAUGUUCUGAGGGGGAAAUCUCAAAUUCUGCAGAUGUGGAAACCUGUGUAAAAUGUGCUGAAGACCAUUGGCCUAAUCCAACUAGGGAUCAGUGCAUUAUAAGAGUAAUUGAAUAUCUGUCUUAUGAAGAUCUUUUAGGAUAUAUACUGUCUGGCUCUGCUUCAGUCUUUAUUGUAUUGACUUCGGCAGUGUGUUUGGUCUUUAUAAAACACAGAAGGACUCCUAUAGUUCGUGCCAAUAAUCAGAACAUCAGCUACAUCCUACUUAUGGCUCUUCUGAUGUCCUUCCUUUGCACCUUCAUCUUUAUUGGACAACCUACUGGGGUUACCUGCAUGCUGAGACAAGCCUUGUUUAUAUUUUCCUUCUCUGUUGCCAUUUCUUCAGUUUUAGGAAAAACUAUAACAGUUUUAAUUGCUUUUAAAGCCACAAAAAUGCAAAGGACUUUUAGAAAAUGGGGAAGAAUUAACAUUUCUGUAGUUGUGGUUUUUAUUUGCUCCUUUGGGGAAUUUGUAUUAUGUGUAAUUUGGUUAAGUUUGUAUCCACCACAUGUAGAGUCUGAUAAUAAAACUGUACCAGGAAAAACAAUUCUACAAUGUAAUGAAGGUUCCAUCAUAAGUUUCUAUCUGGCAGUUUCAUACAUUGGUGUAUUAUCCCUUAUUAGCUUUGCUGUUGCUUUCAUUGCUCGCAAGUUACCAGACCGUUUCAAUGAGGCGCAGCACAUCACCUUCAGCAUGCUGGUGUUCUGCAGUGUCUGGGCCUCCUUCAUCCCAACAUACCUGAGCACCAAAGGCAAACACAUGGUUGCAGUGGAGAUAUUUGCCAUCCAGGCCUCUGCAGCAGGACUGUUAAUGUGUAUAUUUACUCCAAAAUGCUACAUUAUUUUGCUAAAACCAGAGCUCAAUGUUAAAGGAAAGCCUACUGCUAAUAUACAGUCACACACGAUAAAUCAGACACUAAAUAAUAAUUGA